CCUGUGAGUUAAGAGCACCAGCUGAGUCAGACAGACCGGAGUGACAAGCCCAGCUUCACUCCCUCUCAGCUGUCAGAGCCAAGAUUUUCUUGCCAGGGCUUCAGUGGGACCCCUGAUACCAUCACUUUCGGGGCUCCCUCCACACUAUCCUGUGGCCAUAGCAGAUAUGUCACUACCCUUACGUUCACUGCGAUUCAAUAACAUGAUGGGGGAAGAAAAUGCCGACCCCCAAAACAGGGAGAUGGCCUUCUCUGGACCAAUGAUAGAGACCCAAGCAGAGGUCCAAAUUCUGCAUUCUCAUGUACAACCUACAGUCUCAACUUCAGCAUCAGAGCCUGGAGGGAUGUCCACACAACUGAUGACAUCCCCAGACUUUGACAUCAUGUCUCCACCUCUAAUGGUAGCACCAAACUCUGGCACCCUGUCCCCACCACUAGUGCCAGCUUCAGACUCUGGAGCACUGUCCCCAUUGCUAAUGCCAGCUUCAGACUCAGAGGCACUGUCCCCAUUGCUAAUGCCAACCUCAGAUUCUGGAACAUUGUCCCCAUUGCUAUCCACUUCGGACUAUGGAUUAAUGUCUCCAGGACUGAUGACAAUUCCUGACUUUGGAACAGUGUCCACAGCACUAAUGGCAGCACCACAUUCUGAAGAGGUAUCACCAUUGGCAAUGCCAUCUGCAUCCUCUGGAGCAAUGGCUACACCUAUAAUGAGCACUGCCUCCUCUGAAAUGAUGGCUACGUCAUUGAUGCUAGCCCCAGAUCCUGGGGAGAUGUCCCCACUCCUAAUGCCAGAUAUAAACCCUGGAGUGAGGUCCACACAGCCAAUGCCAACUCCAGGCUCUGAAGCAAUGUCACCAUUGCAAAUUACAGAUGAAGACACUGAAGCAAUGUCCAAAGUGCUAAUGACUGCCCUGGCCUCUGGAGAGAUAUCUUCAUUGCUUAUGUCAGGCACAGACUCUGAAGCAAUAUCCUCACUGAUAAUGUCAGCCCUAGCUUCUGAAGCAAUGUCUGCACAGCUAAUGAGCACCCAAGACUCUGGGGCAAUGUCCACACUGCUCUUGUCAGCCCCAGAUACUGGAGAAGUGUCCACAUUGCCCAAGCCAGCCCCAGACACUGAAGCAAUGUCUCCACUACUAAUGACGGCCCUAACCUCUGGAAUGAUGCCCACCCAGCAGAUGCCAGCCCAAGGCUCUGAAGUGAUGUCCCCACAGUUAACACAAAAUCUAGAUUCUCAAAUUAUGUCUGCUACACCAAUGACAGCAACAGCCUUUGAGGGGAUGUCUACACUGCCAAUGAGAGCCUUAGACCCCAGAGCAGUGUCUACAUCACGAAUGAGAGCUCCAGCCUCUGGAAAUAUGCCUACAUUACUAAAGACAGUCCCAGACUCUGGAGUAUUGUCCACUCCACUGGUGACGGGCACAUCCUCUAGAGUAAUGGCCACAGAGCAAAUGUCAACCACAGCCUCUAGAAUGAUGUCCACUCAGCUAACAAUGGCCAGAACUUCUGGAGUAAUACCCACAGGCUUUAUGAAAGCCCCAGCCAAUGGGGCAAUGUCCACACCACGAAUGAGAGCCCCAGCCUCUGGAAUGAUGUCCAUGCCACUAAGGAGAGCUCCUGUCUCUGGAGUAAUGUCCAUGUCACAAAGGAGAGCCACAGCCUCAGGAAUGACAGCUGUACCACAAAUGAAAGCCUCAGCCUCUGGCACAAUGUCCACACUGUUAAUGAAAGACACAACCUCGGGAGUGAUGUCCAUGCCACAGAUGAGAGCUACAGCUUCGGAAGCAUUGUCCAAGCCACUAACGACAUCCAAAACCUCAGAAGCGAUGCUCACACAGCAAAUGACAGCUGCAGCUUCUGGAGAGAUAUCCACAAUGCUAAUGAGCGACACAGCUUCUGGAGCCAUGUCCGUGCCACAUAUGACAGAAACUGCCUCUGCAGGGAUGCCCACACUGUUAAUGAGAGCCCCAGCCUCUGGAGGCAUGUCCACACCACAAAUGACAGCCACAGCCUCUGGAACUAUGUCCACGCCUCUAACGAGAAUCCCAGGUCUUGGAGCAAUGCCCAAGGCACUAAUGAAAGCCACAGCCUCUGGAAAUAUGCCUUGUCAGCCAACGAACACUCAAGACUCUGAAGGGAUGUCCAUGUCACUCAUGAGAUCCAUGACCUCUGGAGAGAUAUGCCCACUGCAGAUGCGAGCCCUAGCAUCUGAAAGGAUGUUCACACCAAAAACAAGAACUCCGGCAUCUGGUGCAAUGUCCAUACCACUAAUGAGAGCCUCAGACCCGGGAGAUACGUCCACACUGCUCACAAGAGCUGCACCCUCUGGAGGGAUAUCCCCACCACUAAUGAGACCCCCAGUUUCUGGAGAGAUAGCCACACCUCUGAGAGUCCCAGCUUAUGGAGCAAUGUCAACUCCACCGACAACAGCCACAACCUCUAGAAUGAUGCCCAUGCCACAAAUGAGGGCUCUAGUCACUGGAGCAACGUCUGCACCGCUAAUGAGAUCCAUGGCCUCUGAAGUGAUGUCAAUGCCUCAAAUAUCAGUCACAGCCUCUGGAGGGGUGACCAUGCCCAUGAUGAGAGCCCCAGCCUCUGGAACAAUGUCCACACUGCAAAUGAUGCCCUCUGCUUCUGGGGAGAUGUACACACUAUCUGUGGGAGCUCCAGCCUCUGGAGUGGUGUCCCUGCCACUAGUAAGGACCCCAGUCUCUGGAAUUAUGUCCACACCACUAAGGAGACCCUCAGCCUCUGAAGCUGUAUCCACAGAGUUAACAAGAGCUCCGGCCUCUGGAAAGAUGUCUACUGUACUAACGUCAGCCAUGGCCUCUGAAGGGAUGUCCAGGCCAUUAAUGAGAGCCACAGCCUCUGGAACAAUGCCCACACCAUUGAUGUCAGCCAUGGCUUCUGGAGAGAUAUCUAUGCCACUAAUGAAAAGCAUGGCUUCUGGAGCAAUGUUCACACUGCAAACAAGAGUGGCGAGUUGUGGAUCUAUGUCCUUGCCGCAAACAACAUACGCAACUUCUGGAGGGAUGCCUGCACCACCAGUGAGACCCUUAGCUUCUGGAAUGAUGUCCAUGCCACUUCUGAGAGCCACAGCCUCUGGAGGGAUGUCCAUACCACAAAGGACAGCCAUGACUUCUGAAGGGGUAUCUAUGCCACUGAAGGCCCCAGCCUCAGGAGCCAUGUGUAUAUCACAAAUGGCAGCCACAGACUCUGGAAUGAUGCCUACUCUGGAAAUCAAAACCACAGACUCUGGAGAAACACCUGCCUCUCAGAUCAACAUCACGGCCUCUGGACUGCAGUCCACACCACACGUGACUGCCACAACCUCUGAAACAAUGAACCCACCACCAAAGGAAGUCCCAUCCUUUGGCAUGCUGACCCCAGCACUCUGUUACCUCUUAGAAGAACAGGAAGCAGCCCGGGGCUCAUGCUCUGUGGAGGAGGAGAUGGAGAUUGAUGAGGAGAAGCAAAUGAAGGGAUUUUUGGCUGAUUCAGAGAAAAUGGCAUUUCUAGUGUCUCUUCACCUGGGGGCAGCAGAGAGGUGGUCCAUCUUGCAGAUGGAGGUAGGAAACCCCCUCUCAGAUGAAAACAAAUCUUUCCUGAGCAGAUCACAGGGCUUGUAUGACUCCCUGUCCGAGAUAGACAUCCUCAGUGCUGUCCUUUGCCAUCCCAAGCAGGGCCAGAAGUCAGUCAGGCAGUAUGCCACUGACUUCCUAUUGCUGGCCCGACAUUUGUCUUGGUCUGAUGCCAUUCUACGGACCAGGUUUCUGGAAGGACUCUCGGAAGCUGUUACCACCAAAAUGGGCCGGAUAUUCCUGAAGGUGGCUGGCAGCCUAAAGGAGCUGAUAGACCGGUCUCUCUACACUGAGUGCCAGCUGGCUGAAGAGAAGGAUUCCCCAGGCAGCUCAAGCCAGGUUCUGCUGUCAGCCUGUAAGCGGAAUAAUGAGGAAGCAAUGGAGAAUGAACUGAACUGUCAUCAGCGCACUGAGGAGCACCAGCAUGUUCCCAAACGCUGUUACUACCUGAAAGAGCAUGGAGACCCUCAAGUGGGUCUGCACGACCACCUUCGACAGAGCAUAGGCCAUCAGAAGGCCCCCACCAACAAGUAAUGUGGUCCCCCUGGACUCUUCUUCUGUGUUAUUUGACUCAGCUGCUAACUUGAGGACUGGUUCCUGGACCCAUUCCAUUCAAUUACACCACCAACCUUGUGGCCUUCCGUCUUCAGCCUCCCCCUCCGGGCACAUCCCACACUAUCUCCCACUUGGCUAGCUUGACCUUCUCUUUCACCCACAUGCCUGUGACCUUCCCUGACAAUCAGAGUGUUGACUUCAAGAGUGUUCAGUGUGUGAAGUUCUGAACUCCCAUCACCAUUGAGGCCAGUUCUAGUUCCUGGUUCAGGGAAAAGUCUAGGCAGGAGAAACCAUGUCCUACCUUAAAAACAUCUUGGAAUAUCUUGCCACAUGUCAUCAGGCAAACAUGAGGAAGCCCUGGUCCUGUUUCAUCUGGCAGGGAAGCCUAUAAGGAAAGUGAUGCCCACUCCUAUACCACCGUUUUCAUCCAUAGACUUGCCUGUACAUGCCCCAACUUAUAGCACGUAAAAUGUGUCUCCAGGGCUUUGCCCGGUUUAUAGUCUCCAUCCUGAACCAUUUGUUCUGACCCAUAACAAUAAUCAUAGUAAUGGCUAACAUUUAUUGAUUAUGUACUAUGUGAGUGGUAUUGGGCUAAACUUUUGGCAGGCACCAUCUCAUUACAUUCUUACCAUAACCCAGCUUCUUGUGUUGUCAACUUCUGACCUCUUGAUGUGUUGUCUACGGCGCUUGUCUUGUCUCAAUGUCGUUAUCUUUAGCUCUGCCCUCUGGGUGAUCCCUCAGUUGUUAAUUGCCCCCACUCCCUUUGGCUAUUGUGCUUCAUGGCCAGCACUCUUGAUAAAUGUCUUGUCUUUAAACAGGCAUAGAUAAUUAAAAAAUAAUUCAAGCAGCAUUUGCCUUCAGGUAGUGGGAUUGUGGGUGUUUUUACCUUCUUUCUAAUUCGCUGUACUUUCCAGA